AGUUCGUUCUUCGCAGACGACAGACAGUGUGCGGUGAUCGUCGACCCUUAGCAGAGUGAAUUUUUGAACAAAACCUACGAAUUUAAAAAAAAAACUCUUGUGUUGAAAUUUGAAAACAAUAACCAAAAUUUGUUAAACGGGAUUUACAAUGGCCGAUGUACCCAGAAUUGCUGAUCUCGCCCCAGUGAUAGAACCCCAUUUGAAUGGUGGCAAAUUGGUGUCGUACACAAGCCGUUAUCUCACGAAGCCAGGUGAAAAUUAUGGCAGUGUUAUGUUGGCCAUAACGGUCAAUGUUGAAAAGCCCACUGGGGAAACCGAAGACAUACCCCUAAUUGCUAAAUUGCCACCCAUUACAAAUGAUCUAUUCUGGGCAUUAUUUCAACCGGAUCGCACAUGUCGCACAGAAAAUGCCGUAUACAAAUAUUUAAGUUCAGCCAUACGGGAUUUACAGCUGGAAGCCGGCAUACCAGAGGGGGAACUUUUUGAAGGUUUUCCAAAAUACUAUGGUAGUAGGAUUUCUCUAAAUCCCGAUGCAGAACAAGUAGAUCGUGAUGCAGUGUUGUUACAGGAGAAUUUACAAACAUCGGGAUUUAAGGCCGGCAAUCGUCAUGUCAUGUUUAAUUAUCUACAGACCAAAUGUAUUUUAGUCGAAUUGGCCAAAUAUCAUGCCUUGCCCAUUGCAUUGAGGCUUAAGAGGCCUGAGUAUUUUGAUAAAAAUAUCAGACCAUAUUUCCGUAGAUUUAAUAUGAACAAUAUGCCACCUGAGGUUAAGGAGACCAUGGAUAGGGACAUGAUCAAGGACGUUUCCCUUGCCACCGAUAACAAUGAAAAUUACAUCAAUCGCUUUGUGGAAUUGAUGAAGGAAUACGAUGAAUUUCUAACUCAGGAUGAUGCCAAGGAUGACCUCUACACCACCAUUGUCCACUGUGAUUUGUGGAUUAAUAAUUUAAUGUUGAAAUAUGAUGAAAAUGGCGUAGCCCAAAAAGUGAAAUUUGUCGAUUUCCAAAUUGCCCAAUAUGAAAGUUUAGCUCAUGAUAUUAUCUUUUUGUUAUUCUCCAGCGUGGAAAUACCUGUCUUGGAUCAACACAUGGAUGAAUUUUUAAUAUUGUAUUACAAUGCAUUUAUUGAUUGCUUGAAAUCGCUAAAUGUAGCCACGGAUAAAUACUCAUUGUUGGGUUUCAUGAAGGAAAUCCAUCGCAGCGCCCCCGUUGAAAUAUGCCACGCCACAUUUAUGACGAAAAUUAUUUUGGCCGAUAACAGCACCAUGCCCGACGACUUCAAGGACAUGAACAUGGAAGUGAUGAGCAAAAAUGUGGGCGGAAAGAAAAUAAAAGAGAAAAUUGCGGCAAUGAUACGUUUAGCGGAGAAGUAUCGACUUUUAUACAAGGACUAAGAACAUUUAGAAAUUAAAAAAAAAAUAAUAGAAAAUGUUUUACUUAUAAGUAGACAAAUGUGAAAUUCCAUUAUAUUUUAGCUGAAUUACUAUAAAAUAGAACAAAAUUAAAAA